AAGAUCACCAUCAGGGCCAGCAAGCGUAUCGCGUACGAGGGUAUAAGUCGCAUGAUAAUCACAAGCCAUUCGUGGAAUUAAAAGAGUCGCUAAAUAAAAGAAACAUAAAUCCAUUUGACUUUGACGGUUAUAUCGUCACUCAAUGCCUUGGAUCAAAAAAUGUCCCCACCCCUAAUAACACAUCUCUACACUGCGGACCCCUCGGCCCACGUCUUCGACGGCAAGCUAUACAUCUACCCGUCGCACGACCGCGAGACAGACAUCCAGUUCAACGACAACGGCGACCAGUACGACAUGGUCGAUUACCACGUCUUCUCGCUCGACACCCUCGACGCCUACGCCUCCCGCCCCUCCCCCGACCCAGCACCCGCAGACCCUCCCAAAGUAACCGACCACGGCGUCGUCCUAAGCGCCAGAGACGUCCCCUGGGUCAGUCGCCAGCUGUGGGCGCCAGACGCCGCGUACCGCAAGGGGAAGUAUUACCUGUACUUCCCGGCGCGCGACUCAGAUUCCGUGUUCCGCAUCGGCGUCGCCGUGGGCUCCUCGCCCGUCGGCCCGUUCACGCCGGACCCGGACCCGAUACCGGGGAGCUUCAGCAUCGACCCCGCGGCCUUCGUCGACGACGACGCCGACGCGACCGCGUACCUGUAUUUCGGCGGCCUAUGGGGCGGGCAACUGCAGUGCUACCAGCGCGGCAACGACCCUUCUUACUUCGACGCCGCGUGGCUCGGGGCCAAAGAACCUUCUGGCCCGGGGGCCAAGGCGUUAUGUCCUAAAGUCGCGAAGAUGGCGGACGAUAUGCGCGGGUUCGAGGGCCCGGUUGGGGAUUUGGUGAUCCUGGACCCGGAGACGGGGGAUCCGAUUAGGGCGGAUGAUCAUGGGAGGCGGUUCUUCGAGGCGGCGUGGAUGCAUAAGAGGGGUGGGAUGUAUUAUUUUAGUUACUCGACGGGAGACACGCAUUUUUUGGUGUAUGCGAUGGGGACGAGUCCGCUUGGCCCGUUUACGUACGCGGGGCGGAUCUUGGAGCCGGUGCUGGGGUGGACGACGCAUCAUUCUAUCGUGGAGUUUGGGGGUAGGUGGUGGUUGUUCUAUCAUGAUUGUGAGUUGAGUGGUGGGGUUAAUCAUCUGAGGUCUGUGAAGGUGAAGGAGAUUUUUUAUGAUGGGGAGGGCAAGAUUGUGGCGGAGAGACCUGGGGAAUAGGGGGUGGACGAGAAUAUCUUGACUUUGCUAGCCCUCGGAUUGGACGCGUGGCUUGACCUUUAGCCAUUGAACGAUGAUAUUCGAUGUACCAUGGACUAGGUUGAAUUGCCACAUUGCUUCAUGAUACUAUAUCAAGAUUUCCAUAUUAAAUUCUACAGAGCCGUACCAUAGGGCUAAUUGUUGCAGCGCCCGUCGUAUAAUUCUACUACCGUCUUCGGCAACGACAGUAGCAUCUUUAUAAUAACCAUGGUUCUUUCAAUAACUGGCAUGGAAGCUCCAUCUUCCACGAUAAGGGACGGAAAUGAAAUCGCCUGAUUUAUUAUUAUCGUGCCUGUUUAUGCUGUGGUGAAGACAGCUGUUUACCCCAUGGGGUUGAUCUACUCGGUACCCCUAUGACGUUGCA